GUUGGCUAGAAUCAAAAUAAUCUUUUUCAAAGCAUCAAAGAUCUUUGUUAGGCAGGAAGGAAUGAGUCAGUGAAAAUCUAACUGAAAACAGAAUCAGGAGUAAGCAGGGCGCCAGGGCCCUCAUGCCCUGAGGAUGUUGGCCAAACCAAGCCAAACUUGGGCUUUGGCUUCAGUGAUUUGGGAAAGCUGCAGACCAGGCUCACUCAAGGCGGGAACACAAGUGGGAGUCACCCCUUAUUAUGCUGGGACCCCAAAGGGCUACAUGUUAAGCUGAAAGGCAGAGAGAACUCUACCCUAUCUCUCCAGGUCUUCAAGGAGAGUUAGAGUUGCUGAACUGAGCAGGAAAACAGCCCCUAGGGGACUCUAGCCACAAGCUAGCGCUAUCUGGAGCCUGUAGCCCAAGUUCAUUCAUGUCUCUUGGGGUGGAGGGGCAAGAAAACUCAAGGCCAAACCGCUGGAAACACCCCUAGGAGACACGUGGUAAUUUCAUCUGGGGAUGUAGUUCAUAGCCAAAAGCAACCAAUUCAAGUAGUCUAGGAGUCUGUGGCUGGUAGCAGAGCUAGGAUAGCCUCAGUCUUCUCAUGGGGGGGGGGUCUCAGCCAGGUGCUCUCCAAGGCACUCCCACAUGAGCUACAAUCUAAGUGAGGGUGCCUCUUCAGAUAGAAGAAAUGUGGCAGGGGCUGUGAUAUGAGCCAGGCCUGUCUCCUCCAGCCACGAUGGAAGGGUGGGGGCAGAAGGCUGUCCACAGUUCCCAGUCCUGGGGUGAGAGUACAGGGGGAACGAUGACUAGUGUGUGAAGCUCAGCCUGGAUCUUUGAUGUAUGCAUGGAUAGGUGGGCGGGGGACCUGUAAAAGGGGCUAGUGAGGAAAAGAUCCAGAGGAGCCCCUGGGGGCAGCCUCAGUGUUGACCUACUUGGAUGCCCAUAAUUGCCCCUUUCAUUCCUAGGAAGGCUACAAAUAGGGACACCAGUCUGUAAGCUCCCACAGCUGCAAGGACAACACCAGUGUGAGGAUGGCUGCGAACCUGGAGCAGGCAUUGUCGACAGUUUUGGUCGUCUUCCAGAAAUAUAGCUCACACAGUGGAGACAAGCACAAGCUCUGUCAGGCAGAGCUCAAGGAGUUGCUGCAGAAGGAGCUGCCCACAUGGACCCCGACAGAAUUUCGAGAGUGUGACUACGAGAAACUCAUGAGUGCUCUGGACAGCAACAAGGACUGUGAGGUGGACUUUGAGGAGUACGUGCACUCAUUGGCCCGCAUCUGUCUCUUCUGCCAUGACUACUUCAAGGACUGUGCUCCAGACCCUCCCUGCCCUCAGUAGUCUUUGCCCCAGAAGGGUGCUGGCCUGCUGCAGGCUGCUCCAUGUCUGGUCCUGAGGGGAUCCUGGCCUCAGCUACCUUCUCUCCUGCAUCUCUUUCAAUAUGGAACCCUCUGAGUUGGCCCCUCUUGUGCCAACUCAUUUUACCCAUGAGAUCUAGUUGCCCAGCUGGUGAGGGGCAGAGCAGCUCCUGACUCCACUUCCUUUCUGGGGUGGGGGUGAGAGGAGGUCGGGUUCUGCUGUGAAUGCCCAGGAGGUCCAGCAGGUGUAUAUGUGUAAAUGAGACCAUGGUGGAAGUGUAACUAAUAAAGACAUGGCAGCAA